AUGCCACUGGAAGUUCGAGACGGCCUUGCAGAGGAUGGAACUCGCUUUGCCGAGAUCGAACAUUAUGCAUAUAAAGACAAUCCAAUGUCGCCCAUCUUGUUCCCGGGUCCAUUUCCGGGAGACGUCUUAGCCAAACGAGCAGAAGGUCUUGUUGAAAACAAGAAAACCGACCCUCAGGUCCGUUGGUUCAAGGUCGUCGAUACCGAUACGAACGAAGUGAUCGGUUGGGCGCAAUGGGAAAUCAUUGAUGGCCCGAAGGCUGUUCAGUCAAAGGACCGCACUUUCGGUCCAGGUUGUAACGUUGAAGCCUGCGAAGAAUACUUUGGUAACAUUCACAAGAAGAGACAUGAACUGAUGGAUGGCAAGCACUAUGCAUUGCUCAACCUCCUUCAGGCCGACCCGAAGCAUCGAAGGCGUGGCAUUGGAAGCUUGUUGAUCCAACAAGGCCUCAAGCUUGCCGAUGAGCUUAGGAUCCCAGCCUAUUUAGAGUCUUCACCAAUGGGUCACAGCUUGUAUCAAAAACACGGCUUCAAAGAUGUCGAUGUAUUUGAAAUGGAUCCAAGAUUCAAUUAUGCAGAAGGUGCCGAUCCCAGGAUAUGGUUCAUGCUCAGGGAUGUGCCUGUCGAAGCAUAA